UCAGCACCAGGGCGCCCUUCCUUAUCUCUCGCGCCGACAAACAGUCGUGACUCACUGCCCCCACAAGACGCCUGGCUAUUUAAGGAGCUUUAUCAAGCAGCUGCUCUUGUUACCUCGAGGUGCCCCGUGGUGUUUCGCAGGUGCAGUAGGAAGGGAGGCGCGCGGAGGACAACAUGGCCACGACUCGGACAAUCCACCUGCAGCUGGACAAGGUCCUGGAGGAGGUCUUCGUCUUGGGCACUGAGCUGGUCAUGGACAUUUACCAUGUGGCACCGCCGGGGGCAAAGAGUUUCUCUGUGAGCGCCAGCGUGGACGUCACGUGCUGGGUGAGCACGCCGUUCAAGUCGGCGGCCACCGACAUGCGCGGCCGCGUGGCCGUGGGCACCCAGGUGCACGCUCAGGUGCUCACGCCCAGCCAGGAGGUUGGUGACAAGAAGAUGUCCGUGACCUUUUACGGAGUAAAGGCUGACGUUGCCCUGGCCAAAGCUCGAGUUUACUUGACGGCCAUUGGCCUCUCCCUGGAUGUGGACUCUGAUCGAGAUGGCAUCGUAGAGCAAAACCACCCUAACAAGGCGACGUGGAAGUGGGGACCCAACGGGCACGGCGCCGUUCUUCUGGUGAACUGCGACAAGGAGAGGGACUCCACCUCGUCACCCGACAACGAGGACCGCUCCCUGCAGGGGGCAGCAGACCUGCAGGACAUGUCGCCGAUGCUGGUUCGUACCCGAGGUCCCGCCAAGUUGCCACCUGGCUACAGCCUCCAGCUGCACAGCCUUCAGUCGCAGCACGCUGGCGUCUUCCACGUACCCGACCUGAGCAAGGUGAUAGGCACGGAGAGGCAGUCGCUGGGGCCGGGCAAGUCGAGCUACUCGUUCGAGUACCCGGGUCGUGGCGGAGAGGUGAACUUCUUCGUGGAGGGGCUCAGCUUCCCGGACGCCGACUUCAACGGAUUCGUUCACUUCCACCUCAGCCUCCUGCAGGUCAUCCUGCCGGGCACACAGAGCACGCCGAUUUUCAGCGACAGCGUGGUUUUCCGUGUGGCUCCUUGGAUCAUGACUCCAAAUACCCAGCUGGCGCUGGAGAUCUUCAUGACAAGGGUCGACACGAAUGCGGUGUUCGUAAAGCAGAUGACCACCAUCGCUCGCCUGGCCGGGUGCACGCCAUUUGAAAUACAGAACACAGUCGAUGUGUGGAUGCAGGACGAGAUGGAGUUUGGCUACUGCGAGUGUCCUACCAAGGUCAUACCGGUCGUGUUCGACUCCCCGCGGGACCGCGGACUAAUGGCCGUGCCGCUCCUGCUAACGGGCAAGGACUUUGGCUAUGUGACGCGGAAGCCACGGAGAGGCGAGGAGGUGAACAGCCUGGACUCGUUCGGAAACCUUGAGGUGUCGCCCCCCGUCAUCGUGAAGGGCAAGAAAUAUCCGCUCGGGCGCAUCAUCAUUGGCAGCGCCUUCCCCGGGGAGCGCGCGGGGCGCAACAUGGCCACCGCCGUGCGCGAGUUCCUGUUCGCGCAGCAGGUGCAGGCGCCCGUGGAGCUCUACAGCGACUGGCUCUCCGUGGGCCACGUCGACGAGUUCAUGAGCUUCGUGCCGGCGCCCGACCGCAAGGGGUUCCGGCUGCUGCUCGCGAGUCCCGACGCGUGUCUCCGUCUCCUCAAGGAGCUGCUCCAGCAGGGACACGGCCAGAAGCGCCUCUUUGAGAGCUGCCCAGACGUUGUCUCAUCCUUGAAGCGCAAGCUGAAGAUUCAGGACAUCGUCGAUGACAAAAACAUCACGACUGAAAAUGCAUAUGUACAGCGCUGCAUCGACUGGAACCGCGACGUGCUCAAGAGGGAGCUGGGCCUGGAGGAGGCGGACAUCAUCGACCUCCCCGUGCUCUUCCUCCUCAACAAGAGCAAGGCCGAGGCCUACUUCCCCGACGUGGUGAACAUGGUGGUGCUCAACAAGCAGCUGGGCAUCCCAAAGCCGUUCUGGCCGCACGUGGACGGGCAGUGCCCACUGGAGAGCCACGUGCGCUCCCUGCUCGAGCCCCUGGGCCUCGCCUGCCACUUCGUCGACGACCUGAAGACCUACCACCUCAAUCUGGGCGAGGUGCACUGCGGCUCCAACACUCGCCGCUCACCCUUCGCCGGCGUCCGCUGGUGGGACGUGGGCCCCCUGUGAGACCCGUCAAGCCCCUGGGCGUGAAGACGACAGCCCACGUCGUGCCGAUGGCCCGUCCUCCGCUGGCUCGUCCGAGCCAAGCCAGUGCGAGGCCCGCAUGGUACAGGUGGUUGGUUUUCCUACUGGCUGUUGUGUGUGCAGUGGAAAAGCAACCCAGCACCUCCCGAGUCCCACCAGGGCUGGCUUGGCACAACCCCCGGCAUAGCUUGCUCAGCUGGUUGCAGUGGAAAGAAGCAUGAGAUUUUGGGCUCAAUUCAGGCAACUGUCUUGUGAGUAUUCAUCCAGGCUGUAAUCAUGUAUGGUGAUUUGAUUAUUUCAGGCAGGUAACUCGUGCCAGCUCUUAAUGACUUAAAAUAAAUAGUAGGCUUGUCUAAGGGUGUUAUCUAAGCCAAGUAACUCUUGCUGCAGACUUUUGCCUAAUCAUUGCAAACAUUGUGUAGGGAAAGGCAUUUAAGAAAACUGUGGCUGGUAUGAUGUUCAUGCCUAUGCAGGCCUAUUCAUCCCCCAAUUUACUUGCGAGUCCUUUGAGAUCGAAGGAUAACUAGAGCCCCUAGGAUCAACUUAACUCUGGCACCCAGUUUUUCAUUGGAUAAGAAAAGUUUAAAUUAGAAAAACAUGUAACGAGUGUGCAUCACUCUAAUUGGCCGUGGCAAUAAUGAUUUAGAUUAAUGUGAAGAAUAGUUUUAUAUGGCUUUUAAACUUUACACAAUUUUAUCCCAAUCGCCCUGUUUGCAUCAUGUCUGAGACGAAGUAUCCAUUGGGAUGUCUCAUUCAGCAGUGCAGCCAACCCCCCCUUGUGUUAUGGUAUGGCUCACUGAAGAGGAUAUGGCAGCGCUACCUCUGAGACAGCUGGAAGUGACCUCUGGCUCCACACGUCAGAGGGAGGAAUUUUCCCACCCGCUCUGCCACGUGAGACUUAAUGUUCAUUGCAUGAGCGUCAAACUUUCAGAGUUGGGAAUUUAGCUUGAAUUAAAUGCGGAGAAUUUCUUGACAAUAUCCGACUGCGAAUGUACUCCGGUUUACAGGGGACAUUGUUUCAAAAUGCUUCUCUUGUACGCGUCUCGGCAUCGAAAAGACGUUGGCACCAGGUUCGACCACAGGCCACCAAGUCACGUGAUUCGCUUUGCUUUUUAAUGUAACUUCCAUGGACCAAAAUCAGUAGUACAUUUAUGAGAAGUGCCUCAUUUCCAGGUGUACUUCUCUUUAAUAUUUGAUUAAUCGCCACUGCAAAUUGAUGUGGUCAAAAUAUUGGUGUUUGAUUGAUGUUGCACUGUUUUCAAUAAAUUGUUUAAACGUG